UCUAUUUUAAAGUAAAGCAAAGCAAACAUGGGAAGUUCGUCCAAGCCCUUGGAAACAAACUCCCUUGCAGUUGAAUACGAUCAGAGCCUGGCUCUGGUGGCCGUCUCUAAUGACAGCGGAUCAGUCUACGCUCCUCUCGUGUCGUCCUACAACGACCGCAUCCGCCCUCUCCUUGACGCCGUGGACCGCCUCCGCCACCUUAAAAUAAUGCAGGAGGGCAUCCAGCUCCCUACCAUCGUCGUCGUCGGCGACCAGUCCUCCGGAAAGUCCAGCGUCCUCGAGUCCCUCGCCGGCAUCCGCCUCCCCCGCGGCGACGGCAUCUGCACCCGCGUCCCCCUAAUCAUGAGCUUGAAAAAUCACACAAGCCCCGAGCCUCAGCUCUCCUUAGAAUUCAACGGUAAAACCGUUGAAACAGAUGAAGAAAACAUUGUCAAUGAGAUCAACUACGCUACUCAGGAGAUAGCCGGACAAGGGAAGGGGAUUUCCAACACCCCCUUGACUCUCGUCGUGAAGAAGAAAGGCGUCCCCGAUCUCACCAUGAUCGAUCUCCCUGGCAUAACUAGGGUACCAGUCAAAGGCCAGCCGGAGGAUAUCUCCGAGCAGAUCCAAGACAUAAUAAUGAAGUACAUAACGCCGGAUGAGAGCAUAAUUCUGAAUGUGCUCUCAGCCGGCGUCGAUUUCCCGACGUGCGAAUCGAUCAAGAUGUCGCAGAGAGUGGACAAAACAGGGCAGAGGACUCUCGCCGUCGUGACCAAGUCUGAUAAGUCGCCGGAGGGGCUGCUGGAGAAGAUCACGGCGGACGACGUCAACAUCGGCCUCGGAUACGUCUGCGUCAUCAACCGCAUCGGCGAUGAGACGUACGAAGAAGCCCGGGCUAAAGAGGAGAGGCUGUUCGAGACGAAUCCCCUGCUUUCGAGGAUUGACAAGUCCAUCGUUGGGAUUCCUGCUUUGGCAGAGAGGCUGACGAUGAUUCAGGCCAGCAUUAUCGUGAAAAGCUUGCCUGAGAUAGUGAGGAAAAUAAACGAGAAGCUCUCCGCAAAUGUGGAGGAAUUAAAUAAAAUGCCUAAGCAUUUGAGCUCAAUUGCGGAUGCGAUGACCGGAUUCAUGAAUAUCCUAGACUCUGCUAGGGAUUCCUUGAGGAAGAUCUUGUUGCAGGGUGAGUAUGAUGAGAAUCUCGAUGUUGGUAAGCAUGAUACUGCUAAACUCCCGGAAAUGCUCAACAAAUUCUCCAACGAGCUGAGGUCUACGAAAUCCGAUCCCAACGGAAAAUUUCUGGCGGAUGAAAUGAAGGCUUUAGACGAGAGCCGGUCGGUGGGGCUUCCCAAUUUCAUCCCCAAAUCCGCAUUCCGCGGUCUGCUGGGGAAGAAGAUGAAGGAGAUAUCAGUGGCACCGUUUGAGUGUGCCGAAAAGAUAUGGAGUUACAUAGAGACGGUGGUUAUCUCCGUCCUGCUGCAGCACUGCGACUACUACCCGCAGAUCGUCCCCUGCGCGAGGCGGGCAGCGAAAAAUCUGAUUGCCAGGAAGAAGAAGCACUCUGUGGAGUGGAUAAGCGACUUUUUGGAGAUGGAGAAACAUACUGACUACACGUGCAAUCCUGAAUACAGUGCUACCUGGAACAAGCUCAUGUUGGAGCAGGGCGAUUUUGUGGCAAAGGUUCGCGCUAGACAUUCAUCGGCAGCAGUGAGCAAAUUUGGAACGGUACAAAUAUCUCACAUGUGGAGCGGGAACUCGGAUAGGGUGCAGGCGGCGUUUGAUCUGAAGAUGAAGAUGGCGGCGUAUUGGGACGUGGUGACAGGGAGGAUGGUGGAUAACUUGGUGCUGCACUUGCUCUGCAGCAUUCAGAAGCUGGUGAACAAGGAGAUGCAGGAGGAGAUAAUAAAAGAGGUGAUGGGGCCUCAGGGAAGUGGGCUCGAGAAGAUGCUGGAAGAGCUGCCGGCGCUGUCCAAGAAGAGGAAGAAGCUGCACAGCAGCAUCACAUUGCUCAAGCAGUCCAACGAUAUCGUUGCGGGUAUUAUGGAUAAGAUUACUGGCAAUUUAUGAACCCAA